AUGACGUCAAAGGGUCCAGAAGUUCCUGAUGUCACAGCCGUCAAAGUUCUUGAAAGUCCUGCUGCUGAACCUGUAGAGGUCGCUCCGGAAGUUCCUGCAGUCACACCUGCAGAGGUCGCUCCUGAAGUUCCUGAUGCUGUUCCUGUAGAGACAACUCCUGACACAGCUGUGGCUGCAACUACUGAGGUUCCUGCAGCCACAGCUGGGGAUGCAACUCCUGAAGUUGUUAAUGUACCUGUGGAGGUAGCGCCUGAAGUUCCUGCAGUCACACCCGCAGAGGUCGCUCCUGAAGUUCCUGCAGUCACACCUGCAGAGGUCGCUCCUGAAGUUCCUGCAGUCACAGCUGUGGAUGCAGCCCCUGAAGUUCCUGUAGUCCAGGGGUUUUCAACUGAUUGGGAUUCAGGGACCAUCAUUCUGACUAAUUACUUAACACCAGGACCACCACUGAAUAAAAAUACUGAUUCCCACAUUGCAACUAUAUUACUAAAUCCAUGGCCAGAGACUACCAGCAAUGUCAUCACAGACCACAAGUGGGCCGCAGACCACUGGUUGAAUGCCCCUGCUGUAAACACAGAUGCAGAGUCAGCUCCAGAAGUUCCUGAUGUUGUUCCUGUAGAGACAACUCCUGACAAGGCUGUGGUUGCAACUGCUGAAGUUCCUGCAGCCACAGCUGGAGAUGCAACUCCUGAAGUUGAUGAAGUACCUGUGGAGGUAGCUCCUGAAGUUCAUGCAGUCACACCCACAGAGGUCCCUCCUGAAAUUCCUGCAGUCACACCUGCAGAGGUUACUCCUGAAGUUCAUGCAGUCACACCCACAGAGGUCGCUCCUGAAGUUCAUGCAGUCACACCCACAGAGGUCGCUCCUGAAGUUCAUGCAGUCACACCCACAGAGGUCGCUCCUGAAGUUCCUACAGUCAUGCCCGCAGAGGACGCUCCUGAAGUUCCUGCAGUCACACCUGCAGAGGUCGCUCCUGAAGUUCCUGAUGUUGUUCCUGUAGAGACAACUCCUGACACAGCUGUGGUUGCAACUGCUGAAGUUCCUGCAGCCACAGCUGGGGAUGCAACUCCUGAAGUUGAUGAAGUGCCUGUGGAGGUAGCUCCUGAAGUUCCUGCAGUCACACCUGCAGAGGUCACUCCUCAAGUUCCUGCAAUCACACCUGCAGAGGUCGCUCCUGAAGUUCCUGCAGUCACUCCUGCAGAGGUAGCUCCUAAAGUUCCUGGAGUCACAGCUGUAGAUGCAGCCCCUGAAUUUCCUGUAGACCAGGGGUUUUCAACUGAUUGGGAACCAGGGACCAUCAUUCUGACUAAUUACUUAACACCAGGACCACCACUGAAUAAAAAUACUGAUUCCCACAUUGCAACUAUAUUACUAAAUCCAUGGCCAGGGACCACCAGCAAUGUCAUCACAGACCAGAAGUGGGCCGCAGACCACUGGUUGAAAACCCCUGCUGUAAACACAGAUGCAGAGUCAGCUCCAGAAGCUCCUGAUGUUGUUCCUGUAGAGACAACUCCUGACACAGCUGUGGUUGCAACUGCUGAAGUUCUUGCAGCCACAGCUGGGGAUGCAGCUCCUGAAGUUGCUGAAGCACAUGUGGAGGUAGCUCCUGAAGUUCCUGCAAUCACACCUGCAGAGGUCGCUCCUGAAGUUCCUACAGUCACACCCGCAGAGGUCGCUUCUAAAGUUCUUGCUGUCUCAGCUGCUAAGGUUCCUGCUAUUACACCAGUGGAGGAAGCUCCUGAAGUUCCUGUAGAGGUAUCAUCUGAGGCUGUUGUGGAAACUCCUGUCACUGCAGAUGCCGAGGAACUGGUUGAAACAACUCAAGAUGCACCUGUAGAAGCAGCUUCUGAAGUUGGUCCUGUGGAGGUGGUAGCCACAGUUACUGAAACAUCUGCAGAUGCAAAUAUAGUGGUCGUACCUGAAGAAUUUGCAGAUGAAACUGUAGAGGCCAUACUUGAAACACCUGCUGCAGAAGACAAAACUAUUGAAGAAGCACCUGAAAAGUCAAUAGUUGAAUCACAAGUGGUGGCACCUACAAAGCUAGCAGCUGAAACACCUGAGAAAGCACCUGUAGAGCCAGCAGCUGAAACACCUGAAGAAGGAACGAGGCCAUUGACAAAGCCCCUGAGGCUGCUCCUGAAGAGGCUGUGGCUAAAACCGCUCCCGUAG